AUGGCGAGGUCGACAACCCAUCUUCAGGAGGAAACCCACCGCCAGUCCCUCGAAGACCCGGAAUCGUUCUGGGGGCGCCAGGCAGACCUCCUUCACUGGCACCAGAAACCUUCUGCUGUCCUCAGGCGCAGCCAGAAGACGUUGAAACAAAGCGGCGUCACCCACUCUUCCUGGUCCUGGUUUCCUGGCGGCGAGAUUUCUACCUGCUAUAACUGCAUUGACCGCCACGUCCUUGCUGGCCGGGGGAAUGAACCCGCCAUCUUCUGGGACAGUCCUGUCACCAACACGAAGGAGACUCUCACCUAUUCUCAGUUGCUCGACGAGGUCGAGGUCCUAGCCGGUGCCCUGAGGGAAGAAGGAGUUCGCAAGGGCGAUGUUGUCCUCAUAUACAUGCCCAUGAUCCCUGCGGCCCUCGUCGGUAUCCUCGCCGCGAGUCGCCUCGGCGCCAUCCACUGCGUGGUCUUCGGCGGUUUUGCCCCCGCCGCGCUGGCCCAGCGCAUCGACGCUUCCCGUCCCGUCGCCAUCCUCACCGCUUCUUGCGGCAUCGAGGGCGCCAAGGGCCCGGCCCCUUACAAGCCGCUCGUCCAGGAAGCCCUCCGGCUGUCGACCCACAAGCCCCAGCGUGUCAUCAUCUGGCAGCGCGACCAGGUCCGCUGGGGCCCGACCCGCCGCUCCGAGGGCGAACGCACCUGGCAGAGCCUCGUGAAGAGCUGCCGAGCACGGAACGUGCGUGCUUCUUGCGUUCCUGUCGCCUCCACUGAUCCCGUCUACAUCAUUCACACUUCCGGCACUACUGGCUCUCCUAAGGGUGUCCUGCGCGAUGCUGCCGGCCAUGCUGUCGGCCUUCAGCUGUCUAUUCGCUACCUCUUUGAUAUUCACGGCCCAGGCGAUGUCGUUUUUACCGCCUCUGAUAUUGGUUGGGUCGUGGGACAUAGUUACAUUAUUUACGCCCCGCUUCUUGCCGGCGCCGCCACCGUCCUAUAUGAAGGCAAGCCCGUAGGCACACCGGACGCCUCUGCCUUCUGGCGUAUCGUCGAGGAGUACGGUGUCACCGCCCUUUCCACAGCCCCCACGGCCCUGCGCGCCAUCAAGCGUGACGACCCCGACAAUCUCGGCUUUAAGAAGAUCGGCGCCCGUGGCGGCCUCCGCUCGUUACGGGGCCUCUUCCUAGCCGGUGAGCGCUCCGAACCUGCCAUCAUCUCCGCCUACCAGGCUCUACUAGACGAGUACGCCGCCCCGGCUUCGCAAGGAGGCGCGCAUGUCGUCGAUAAUUGGUGGUCCACGGAGACGGGAAGCCCCAUCUCCGGCCGGGCCAUGUUCCCACAAGUACCGUCCGCCGAGGCCACCGACACCGACCGGACAAGGCAGGUGCCGCCAUCGCCUAUCCCCAUCAAGCCCGGUAGUGCUGGAAAACCAAUGCCGGGUUUUGACGUUCGGGUUGUGGAUGAUAACGGCAAGGAGCUGCCACGGGGGGAGACGGGGAAUAUCGUGAUGGGUCUGCCACUGGCUCCAACAGCGUUUCGUAGCUUGUGGCAAGAAGACGAAAGGUUCUACAAUGGCUAUCUGAAACGGUUCCAGGGAGAAUGGGUCGACACGGGCGAUUCCGGGUUCAUCGACGCCGAUGGUUAUGUGAACAUCAUGAGCCGCAACGACGACGUGCUCAACGUCUCCGCUCACCGGUUAUCCAGCGGCGCCCUAGAGCAGGCGAUUACCUCGCAUCCCCUCGUCGCAGAGGCCUGCGUCGUCGGCGUCCCGGACGCCCUGAAGGGCCAACUGCCCUUCGCCUUUGUGACGCUCAAGACGCACCCUCACCCAACCUCUGCGGCUCCCGAUCGAUCCCUCGAGGCGGAGAUCCAGUCCCUGGUGCGCUCGCAGGUGGGUGCCAUCGCGACGCUUGGUGGCAUCGUGCAAGGCCGCGGUAUGAUCCCCAAAACGCGCAGCGGCAAGACCUUGCGCCGUGUGCUGCGCGAGCUCGUCGAGAAUGCCGCGCGUGGCGAGCCGGACAAGGAACUCAACGUUCCCAGCACGGUGGAGGAUGCCGGAGUGGUCCUUGUUGCUAGGGAGAAAGUGAGGGAGUAUUGGGGGGCGAGGAGAGGCGAGGCCAGAGCGAAGCUGUAA